AUGGAGGGUGCUAUAUUGAGCACCCCAAGUAGUAGUAGAUUUCGUACUCAUUUGAAGAAUGCGGCAACGGCUUUGUGCGCGAGGACGUUGCCUAAGUCGAGAUGCAGCGAACAGUCGGCUAGUUCAGCUCGACAUCACACGUAUCCAAGGACUACUCCUCCGAAGAGAGCUGCUAUACCGUGCAGGAUGGAACCACUCAUGUGUGAACUGCCGACGUUACAGACAGAUGCUAUACAUCGGGUCACACCGGCGAACAGCAAACCCAAUGGGGUCAAAUUGAAAGGAACAUUCGCUAGGGAGGUGGCGCACGCUUGGGAGUGCCGCAUCGGCCCGCCCGACCAUCCGGCGCCCGCCCACCGUGUGCAGAGCCUCUUCAACGAUAUCGAAUUGUAUCCAACUAAAACACAGGUUUUUGAGAUGCUGGUCUGUGCACGUCAGUGUGCACGCAGAAAAUCAUUAAUCCUUACGUUUGGGGAGUUUUGCGUUUUCGCAGCUGAACUACGACGCUGUUCCAGACAAACAAGACAAACAUCAAAUAAACCGGAUUCGCCCGUGAGGAAUCUAGACAAAGAACUACGGGAUAAAGAAGCUAUAUGCAAAUAUGUUAACGGCAGCGAGGCCGCGCCACCUCCUUGCGAAGUUUUCCUCGGGGGCUCCUGCAAUCCCACCACAUGGCGGUCAGACAUCGCUAUACCGAUGCUCAAGAAGAUGGGCAUCACGUAUUUCAAUCCACAAGUAGAGGACUGGUCUACGGAGCUGAUAGAAGUAGAACAUCGUGCGAAGGCGGAGGCGAGAGCGUUACUGUUCGUGUUGGACAGCGAGACGAGGGCAGUGGCGGCCAGCGUGGAGGCUGCACACCUCGCGGCCGCGCCCCGGGACCUGCUGCUAGUGUUGAGGCCCUACUCCAGACAUCAGACUAUAGGACGAGAGACUAUAUCCGAUCUGGAGUACGUAGAGCUGUCUCGAGCCCGAGCCACGUUGCAAGAGGCUGUAGAGCGGCGCGGUCUGCCGGCCUUCACAGAUAUACCGGCGGCGCUGAGGUGCGCGGGCGCAGUGCUUCGCGGCGCCCGUACGCACCCGCGACACUCGUUGGGCCACACAAUCCUGCGGUUGAAACGCGCGUACGAUGCGGCCGGCGGUAGGAACGCUCGUCUGCCGCGCUCUAGAGCGGUCGACGCUUUGAAGGAGGCGACUCGGGCGCCGCGUGACGUCGCCGAGCGCUGCUUGCCGCCUAACGCUAGUACUGUGGACUUUGAAACAUUCUGUGCUGCUGUUGCCGAAUUAGCCUCUGAUAAUGGACCCCACACACCGCGGUCGCCGUCCGUGUCGAGCGUCGCCUCGCGUGUCCGCCGCGCGUUCCGCUCGCUCCGUGAUUUACUAACGUCAUCUACUUUGACGUCUGAUUACCGUAACGGUCAAGAGGAGCGUUCAGAUCGCCCUGAAGCCAGUAGUUCUGAGAGGUCCCGGGAAAAUGGACUCAGGGUUCACAACGCCCGGUUGAGGGCUUACGGGCAGAAACUAUCUCUAUACAUACCUAAGAACGUCAGUCGUACGGAGGAGAGUUCAACUCCUAAGUCUGGUGAUUCAGUGUUAACGCCGGGCACAGAGCGCCGGCUCGAGCGUCUACCCUCUAUGGUUGCGCACACGCACGACGUAUACCUAGGAGGAAACUUCCCGACGAACAGCACUAGACCGGAGGAAGUGCUCCGCCGUGAGGGUUACACGUACGUGGUCCCGCGGGCUAACGACUACACGCGGAUGUUCUCAGCACCCGCGAGACGGACGGCGCCUACCACGGACUCACCGUGCAGGGACAAGAAGCCGCGGCCCGACCACGACCACGAUGACCACGGUGACCACAGCGACCACAACCCUGAGAGAACGGAACGACCCUCACCUACCGCCCUCUCACCCACCGAUGUGGUGUACAGGGAGAAGACUGCUGAUGAUAGAACAGCUGAUCGCUUGAGCGCUUCAGACUUCUAUAAAGUCUCGGAGGAUAUAACGCCGCAGCCUUUCAAAGGUACAUACGAUGAGGAGCAGUUAGCGGGGUCUCGUGUGGCUUUAUUCAGCCUGAGUGCGGAGGCGCCGGGGUUCGCGGCCAUGGUGUUAGCGGCGCACCACAUGGGCCUACGGGCUAACAAUACUGUGCUGCUAGUGCAGACCAUGGAUAGAGAGAGAGCGCCUAAGUACAGUGAAGCGGCCGUGAAGGACUACAACCGCGGCCGACACUACCUUAUAGAUCUGGCUCGCCGCGCGGCCGUGCCUGUGUUCGACAACGUGGACGCGGCCAUGGCCUGCGUCAUAGACAAACUGAGGACCACCAACUAA